ACCGACAAGGCUGUUCAUUUCACUGAGAGGAAACAGCAGAAAAAAAAACUGAUCUAGAUUUAUUUUUAUUGUAUUACAUCCCUUUAAUGCUUGACUUUUUAACGUGUUUCAGUAUAUUUUAUUAAGUUUAUCAGUCUAAACGGACUAAUUAAAGACAGUGAACUCCACUUUAAAGCUUUUGGAAACCAAACUGUUGUUAGAUGCGCUUAUGUUUACUUAUUCAUUGCUUUCUGUUAGAUAAGAGGCGCUAGGCUGUUUUGGAGGUAUUUAUCUGAUAAUUACCUGGAAAUAGUUACCACACAGAGCUGUUUAUGUGGAGGAUGUGGCGCAUACUGUCCCUGCUGUUUUUUUGCUCUGCUGGACGUGGACUCGAGGGUCUGGCGGCGGAUACACGCCUGGAAACCUCCCGGGAGAAGUUGUUUUUGACUGGACCAACGGAGAUGGGCAAGCCGGACAAAGGUGCUUCAUCCCCGGGUAGAGCUGAGGACAGAGAGCAGGGAGACGCUCCAGCUGUGAGUCUGCAGCCCACCAAUGAGCCUCUGGAGAAUGAGCUGGACAACCAGGAGAAUAUAAUAAGCCAGCUGCUCGGAGACUAUGACAAAGUUAAAACAGAGUCAUCUGGCUCAGAUUGUGUGUGCCGCUGUGUAGUUCGACCAAUCAAACGCUCUGACUGCAGCCGCAUUCAUGACAGCGAUCCAGCAUCGCUCUCCCAGGACUUUUACACUGUGGAAACAAUCACUGAGGGGACAGACUGCAAGAAGUGUGUGUGCAUGGCUCCUCCUUCAGCCGUCAACCCGUGCGAGGGAGAGUACAGGUUCAAAAAGUUACAGGAGGCAAGCAAAGAUGACAUCAAGCUGGCAACCAUCAUUGACCUAUUAGAAGGCUCUCUAUAUGGAAUGGACUUGUUAAAGCUUAACUCUGUCACCACCAAACUCCUGGCCAGGGUGGGCAAUCUAGAGAAGGUUUUCGCAAGGAAUUUCACUGAAAGAACAAGAGAGAAAGAACGCCUGAAGGAAAAAAAUAAGGAUAAAGACAAGAAGGUUCAGCCGAAGAAAAAGAAAAUCAGUCAUUUGGAGCAAUCUGAAGCAGCUGCCUCUGGCCAAAAGCAGAAGAAUUAUGAAAGUCAGAUAAAGAAAAAACAGCAGCAAGAUGGUCAGUUGCAACAGCAGCCAACCAAGAAUGAGACAGAAACUAAAACUACAGUCAAAGACAAGAACAAUGUGUUCAUUAGAGGAGUCACCUUCUACAAGGCAGAUGAAGAUAGCUACAAAGACGAAGAAGACAAGGACUACAAAAAAGGGAGAGAAAAGAACGCCUUUCUAAUCCCAAUGGCUGCAGAGGACUCACUGGUAAUUGACGAGCCGCCAACUGCCACCAAAAAUCCUGGACCUGUAAAACCUAACCAUGAGCCCAAAUCAAAGACUCUGAGCAGCUCUUCACCCACCCAUCAGCCAAAAGCUUCCUCAAUGAGCAGCAAACAAACAACUACAACAAGCUCAACUCCUGUUACCAUAAAAAUGACUGAUCAAAUAAACCCUACAACUCCACGACAAAUGACAACCAGAUUUCAAAUUUACAACGGAGAUUUUUUCUCCACCACACCUGUCACCCCAUACACCACAGAUACCAAUAUCCGUCCACCCAGUAAUGCAAAUCCCACCACAACCCUUCACCCAAGACCCAAAAGCCGCCUCAGCUGGACAGAGAGCCCUGCUGACCAACACAAGACCACAAAAAAGCCAGCAGGUGUGUGCAAGGACACAGUAGCGAGCAUCUCCGAGCCGGCCCAACAGAACUCCUAUGGUCUCAGUGAUGGAGCCUGGAUGAAAGAUGCCCGUGGCCACGGCAAAGUCAUCUACCUAACUAAUGGUCACUAUGGCAACAGCCUGCUGGAGUUUAGAGACAUGGACACUUUUAAAUCAGGCCAGGCGAGUAAUUCGUACAAUCUGCCCUACGAUUUCACCGGAACAGGCCAUGUCGUGUUUAAUGGAGCUUUCUUCUACAACCGGGCAUUCAGCAGGGACGUGAUCAGAUUCGACCUUAGACGCAGAUUUGUAUCUGCCUGGACAACGCUUCAUGAUGCUAUCUUGGAAGAGCAAACUCACAGGACACAGACUGAAGUGGAGUUUGCUGUGGAUGAGUCUGGCCUUUGGUUACUCUACCCUGCUCUGGAUACAGAGGGUUUCCACCAGGAAGUAAUUCUCCUCAUCCACCUCCAUCACAGAGACCUUCAGCCCAUCCAAACGUUCCGUACAGGUCUCAGACGCGGCCUCUAUGGCAACACCUUCCUCGUUUGUGGCGUGCUUUAUGGAGUGGACAGCAUGGAGCGUCGCUACGCCAACGUGACAUACGCCUUCGAUACGCACACGCUCACACACACCGUGCCUAGCCUGGCGUUCACAAACAUGCACACACAUACAUCCCAGGUGUCCUAUAACCCACUAGACAAAAAGCUGUAUGCCUGGGAUGGCGGACACCAGAUGAAUUAUGAUGUCAUCUUCGCUUAUUAGUAAAAUGAGGGACUAAAAAAACUUUGUUUAGUUUGACAGGAAGUCAAACUAAGAAACAGAAGAUAAAAUCCAAUAGUUUUUUGUUUUCUUAUGACUGUAGAACAGUCAGCUGACAUUACUUUGCUCAGAAUUUAGAAAGCAAGCCCUUUCUAUGAUCUAUCUGAGUGUAGCUGCCACUCAGAAAGGCCAUUAUAUAAAAUAAAUACUGAGAAAGUGAACAUGCAUGACCCCAAGCCUCUAAAAUGCCACGGCAUCAUAAUUUUUUACAGAGAAUGGUACAGAAAGUUUAGAAGUGUAUUUAUGAAUGUUAAUAAAAUAUUAAGGGAUGUGUAGUCAGAGUCAAAGAACAGUCAGGAAGUGGGGCUAAUCUCAGGUUAAAACAUCUGCUUUCUGACUGGUUCCACUUUUAGGGUUUAACAGCAAUAAUCUUAUGAAGUUAGCUAUAAAUAAUUUUCCAUUUUGGAGCAGCUUGUAAAAUGCUGAUGAAAACUUUAAAAAUACGAGUUAUUGUCUAAAGGUAAUCCUUAGGACAGCAGGUUUGGUAUGCCUGGCUUUCCAGCAGGACACAAAUUGAGUAAAUCCUAAAGACUAGAUAUAGCAUUAUAACCUCUGGUAGUUUUUCUUAAAUGAACUUUGGUUAACCGACUGAAUAAAGUUUUGUAAAGUUACCCUGUAAAGGAUGUAACACAAACAUUGAAUCUGACACAUCCUUUAAAAUCCAAAUCACAGAAAAAAUUGCAACCAAACCUGGACUUGUGUAUUUGAUAAAGAAUUCCACAGUAAAAACUGACAGCUUGCAUUCAACAAGUGCAUAAAGCGAUUACUAGAAGUUGUAAUGAUGCAGUAAAGUGAAUGGCUACGUUUUGUACAACUUGUAUGUUUUUACUGUAAGACUCUUGAUACAGAAGGUCCAUUUGCUUAAAAUGUCCAAAUAGUGCCACUUCUUUUGCCAAUCCAAUGUCAAGACAAGGUUGAUCAUGACCGCUUACCUGCAAGUUUUGCUUUUUAUUUUAAUUUAUAAUAAAAUGUCUGAAAAGACCUAAAUAACCA